AUGGAAAACGGUGAACCCAGAAGAUCAACCCGCUUGAAUGAAAGAGCGGCUGUAAGAGACCGAGCUAGAGGUCGAGGGCGAGGAUGUGCUCGCGGUCGAGGCAGGGGAAACCAGCAUGUCCCUGCCGAGGCGGUGAUCCAGGAGAAUCAAAAUGCCCCUGUAAAUGGACAGCAACCAGGUCAAGGUGGGGGUAACCACGAAGUCCCUGCUGGGGUAGUUGGUCAAGAACACCAAAAUGCCCCUGUAGUGGUGCCACCACAACAAGAAGAUUUGGCGCAAGAAGUUGCUCGUCUCAAGGAAGAAAUUAGGAAGCGAGAUGAAGAGGCUCUCAACCGUCAGGAACAACCCAAUCAAGGACAACAUCAAUUUUUGCCGGUGCAAUACAUGCCUGUGCCGGAGGGUCGAUGGGAACCAAUAUAUGAAAGGUUCCGCAAGCAACACCCACCAAAUUUUGAAGGGGGCUCAGAUCCAAUGGAAGCUGAGGAAUGGUUAAGAACAGUGGAAGGUAUUGUUGAGUACAUGCGGCUCGGUAACGGAGAUAGUGUAGCUUGUGCUGCUAGUUUAUUGAAAAAGGAUGCCCGCAUCUGGUGGGAUGUUAUUAAACAAACACGGGAUGUGGCCGCAAUGACCUGGGCUGACUUUGUACAAGUUUUUAACAAAAAAUACUACAGUGAAGCAAUACGCUCAGCUAGAGUUAAUGAGUUCACAAACUUGAGGCAGGGUAAGUCUACAGUUACAGAGUAUGCUCGCCAAUUUGACAGAUUAGCAAAGUUUGCCACAGAUCUGGUUCCUACUGAGUUUCUGAGGAUUCAUCGUUUUACUGAAGGGCUCGACUCCCGAAUAAGUCGGGACAUAGCGAUGUCAGGAGUAAGGGCAACCACGUAUGCUGAGGUACUAGAAAAAGCCCUAGAAGCUGAGUUGUGUGAAAGUCGUAUACAGAAAGACAAUACGGAAGGGAAGAAGCCAUAUGUGGAGUACCCGCUAUGCCCAACAUGUGGUCGUAAGCAUCCGGGAGAAUGUCGACUGAAAGGCAAGACUUGUUACAAGUGUGGGCAACCAGGCCACUAUAAGAAGGACUGUCCACAAAAAGGUGAUCAACUCAAGGAUGACAAACUUGUCCCAGCUCGAGUAUUUGCACUAACCAGAGGGGAGGCUGAGACUAGUAACACUGUGGUUGCGGAGUCGAUUUCUAUCUCUGAAAAACUAUGUACUGUUUUUAUUUGA